UCGCCGCGUGAGUAAAAUCCUCUCUGUUUACGUUUUGUUUUGACUACUUGGCGUCGGGAGGCUCCGCCGGAGACGAAGCAAAGCGCGGAUGCGUUUCCAGAGUAGCGAUGGAGAGCACAAAACCUGAUUUUCUCCCCUUUUGACCAUCUCGCCGCUAUCAACUCUCCUGUUUUACGCACAAGGAGCGCUUGGAAUUAUUGCAACCCAGGCAACUGCGCGCACACCGGAGCAUAAGCCCGUGGGAUGACCGAGCUCAGCGGCAGAUCCACGGGUGAAAACCAGCCUCGUCCAUGUCAGGAAGAUGAAAUCCCCAGCUGGUCGGGAGAAUAACUCAGGAGGGUUCAUCAGGCCGCGUCACUUCGCGUUCAUUUAACAGCAGCAAACCGAGGCGACUGCAACCGGUUCGAUCGUUAGUUGUUCGAGAAAGGGAGUAACCAUGUCCAGAACACUGAAGAAGAAGAAACACUGGUCCAGUAAAGUGGUGGAGUGCGCGGUGUCAUGGGGAAACCUGGGGGACUUUGGCUCCGUGGUGGAGGUCCUCGGAGGAGCAGAGCUGGGACAGUUCCCCUACCUGGGCCAGAUGAAGCUGGACGUGCUGGUGUGCCACGUCGGGAAGCUGCCCUACUACGGGGACGUCUUGCUGGAGGUGAACGGGACGCCCGUCAGUGGACUUACAAACCGUGACACCCUGGCUGUCAUACGCCACUUUCGGGAGCCGAUUCGCUUGAAGACGGUCAAACCAGGUAAAGUAUUGAACACGGACCUGCGUCACUACCUCAGUCUGCAGUUUCAGAAGGGCUCGCUGGACCACAAGCUCCAACAGAUCAUACGGGACAACCUCUACCUGCGCACCAUCCCCUGCACCACACGGCUUCCUCGAGACGGGGAGGUGCCGGGAGUGGACUACAACUUCAUCAGUGUCGGAGACUUCCGGAUCCUGGAGGAGAGUGGACUUCUCCUGGAGAGUGGGACCUAUGAUGGUAACUACUACGGGACCCCGAAGCCUCCGGCGGAGCCCAACCUGGUGCAGCCUGACCUGGUGGAUCAGGUGCUGUUUGAUGAAGACUACGGUGGCGAGGUCCCCAGGAAACGCACCACCUCAGUCAGUAAGAUGGACAGGAAGGACAGCGCGGUCCCCGAGGAGGAAGAUGAUGAUGAGAGGCCACCGCUGGUCAAUGGAUUGCCUGACCACAAAGAGGGGGCAGACUGGAGGAAAGCGGUGCCCAGCUACACCCAGUCCAGCAGCACCAUGGACUUCCGCACGUGGAGCUCUCUUCCCCGCGAUGACAGCCUGGAGCCUCUGCCCCUUAACUGGGAGAUGGCUUAUACUGAGACCGGCAUGGUCUACUUCAUAGACCACAACACCAAGACGACCACGUGGUUGGACCCCCGCUUGGCAAAGAAGGCGAAGCCCCCUGAGAAGUGUGAGGACGGAGAAUUACCUUACGGCUGGGAGGAAAUUGAUGACCCGCAGUAUGGCACAUACUAUGUUGACCACAUCAACCAGAAAACCCAGUUUGAGAACCCAGUCCUGGAGGCAAAGAAGAAGCUGAGCCAGGAGACGGCUGCGAUCCAGCAAGCCGCCGCAGCACCUUCCCAAGGUAAGGGAGCUGCGUCUGGCUUCACUGCAGACCCCAGCCAGCUGAAGGGUGAGAUGUACCACACAGCGCUGAAGAAGAGCUCCCAGGGAUUUGGAUUCACCAUCAUCGGAGGCGACCGCACAGACGAGUUUCUGCAGGUGAAAAACGUGCUCAGCGACGGCCCCGCUGCCCACGACAACAAGAUGGCCUCUGGUGAUGUGAUUGUUGAGAUCAACGGGAUGUCUGUGCUGGGGAAAACCCAUCCAGAGGUGGUGCAGAUGUUCCAAUCCAUUCCCAUCAACCAGUAUGUGGACAUGGUUCUCUGCCGGGGCUACCCGCUUCCUCCGGAUGUGGAUCUAGACAGCGACGACCCUCUCCCACCUCCUCCUCCCCCGCCGGCCACCCAGCCCCAGCAGGCCCUGCACGGGGGCGAGGUGGUGACGGCCGUGCCCCUCAUCAACGGACAGCCGCUGCUCGUGAAAGGCGACGUCCUCCACGGCUCCUCUCAGGAGCUCCACUAUGUCACGACGGAUGCCAGCGGUCGGCCCGUCGUGGCGGCCGUGCCCAACGGGAGGCAGGGGGAGCGGGGCGAAGUGGCGACCGCGAUGCUGCAGCCGGAGCUGGUGAGCGUGCUGCUGGUCAAGGGGCCGGGGGGAUUCGGGUUCGCCAUUGCUGACUGCCCGCUGGGCCAGAAGGUGAAGAUGAUCCUGGAUGCCCAGUGGUGCCGUGGCCUGCAGAAAGGAGACGUCAUCAAGGAGAUCAACCGGCAAAAUGUCCAAACGCUGAGCCACGCCCAAGUGGUGGACAUUCUCAAAGACCUGCCAGUUGGCAGCGAGGUCAACGUGCUCGUGCUGCGAGGAGGUCAAACAUCCCCUGUGAAGAGUCUAAAGCCUAGACAGGAAAUGACGGCCAGUACAGAGACUUUGGACGGCACAGACUCAGCCCCCCAGGCCCUGCCUUACCACUCCAACACGAGCACCCUGCGCUCCGCCGACUCCCCCAAACGAGACGCCACAGAGAUGUACCUGAAGUCCAAAGCCCUGCUGGAGAGCAGACAGCCUCACACCAAAGACAUUGAUGUUUUUCUAAAGAGAGACAUUGAAACGGGCUUUGGCUUCCGCGUUCUGGGGGGAGAAGGUCCACAACAGCCAAACGUCUUUCCCCAGGUGUACAUUGGGGCCAUUGUGCCGAACGGAGCUGCAGAGAAGGAUGGCCGUCUGAGGGCGGGAGAUGAGCUCAUUGGCAUCGAUGGUGUGAUGGUGAAAGGUCGUUCGCACAAGCAGGUGCUGGAUCUGAUGACCAACGCCGCCCGUAAUGGUCAAGUAAUGUUGACCGUACGCAGGAAGGUCAUCUACAGAGAUGCGACAGAGGAAGAGGCUCAGGAAAUGGCUCCAGUGCUGGUGAACGGCUCUCCCAAGCUACCUCGCCUACCGAUGCCCAGCGCUCUGGACCACGAGUCUUUCGACAUCACGCUCCACCGUAAAGACACUGAAGGCUUCGGCUUUGUCAUCCUCACCUCCAAGAGUAAACCGCCGUAUGGAGUUAUUCCGCACAAAAUUGGCCGAAUCAUUGAAGGCAGUCCCACCGACCGCUGUGGCCUCCUGCACGUCGGAGAUCGUAUCUCAGCGGUCAACGGGCGCUCCAUCAUUGAGCUCUCGCACAAUGACAUUGUUCAGCUUAUCAAGGAUGCCGGCAGUGUUGUCACGCUCACUGUGGUUCCAGAGGACGAAUACAAGGGCCCUCCAUCUGGAGCCAGUUCAGCUAAAGCGAGUCCAGCUCUCCAGCACAGAGCCAUGGGGCAAAGGUCAGCGCUGCAGGAUGAACGUUAUAACCUGGACGUGGAGGAGAAAAGGGAGGGAGUCAACUGGUCCGACCACAAAACUCUUUCGCUUAGUGAGCAGGGAACGCUGUGUGUGACAGGACCCAACCAGGGGUGUCUGACAGUGGAGUUAGAGAGGGGUCCCAGAGGCUUUGGCUUUAGUCUGCGAGGGGGAACAGAGUACAACAUGGGCCUGUACAUCCUGAGACUGGCUGAGGAUGGACCUGCUCAGCUGGACGGAAGAAUCCAUGUUGGAGAUGAGAUAGUGGAGAUUAACGGGGAGGCGGCACGCGGCAUUUCCCAUACUCGGGCUAUUGAACUGAUCCAGGCUGGAGGAAAUAAGGUGGUACUGCUGCUGAGACCAGGGGCAGGCCUGGCUCAAGACGGCAGUCAACAUGAUCAAAAACGCAUUUCACCCACAAGCUAUUCCAGAGAGGUGUUUUUCUCUGACACAUCACCCCUGUCCUCUCCAUAUCCCACUGGGGCUUCCAUCUUCGUUUCCUCUCCCUUCUCCAGCAAACUCAAACACUCCCGCAGCUGGAGCACCACAUCCCCACAAGGCCUCAAGCCCCGCAGCAGGGGUUUAAGCUCAGUGGAGGAGAUUGGUGAGUGGGUGGACAAGGAAGUAGAACGGCUCUCUCCCGCCUCCCUUGAGCAUAUGAACUUCUACAAGAGGACCAGGCCCACAAAGGACUCCAGAGAGCUAAGCAGCCCAAAGAAAACAGGGGAGACAUUUCCUAAAGCCAAAGAGCAACAUAACACUCCCAAAAAGACUGAGAGUCAGGCGCAGGAAGAAACACUGAGCAAGGGCAGGACACCUCAGACACAGACAACAACACGACCCACAAGCCCCAGGAAGUGUCCUCAAGCUGGACAGCAAGUGACCUCGACCCUGCAGCGCUCAGAGCAUCAGCAAGGCCCCCAGAGGAGAUUAAAAGACUCUUCCAGCAGAGAAAGCUUGGAUCAGGAAAAGAAAAAUGGCAAAGCGGGGAAUCUUGAGAUGAGGCGAUGCACACAAGGGAGGGAGACGGAAGGGAGAGGAGAAAGGAGCAGGCCCGACCGCGAGCAGGAAAGUUUUAAAAGAAGGGCGGCGGCAGAGUCUCGCCACCACAGGACAUCUUCACAGAGAGAGAGCGAGAAAGACUCAAGGCAGAGAGACGCUCAUGGGAAAUCUGCGGACGACAGGAAUGCGAGCAACGAGGCUAUCAACAGAAGAGAAUCGCUGCUGUCUUUUAAAGAUAAAUGGAGUCGAAAGGGUUCUGUGGUUUCGCCAAGAGAGGCAAAAGGACGGGAAGACACCUUUUCUUACUCCAAAGACGUCAGUAGUAAGGAAGGCGGUGUGGCCUCUGUGAACAGUGUUCCAGGGACCCCGCAGAGCCCCAAGGGACCUCUUAGCCCCGGCCCUUGGAAAGUGCCCAGCUCAGCCAAAAUCCUCUCCCAGGCAGAGGUCCUCCGUGAGCCUUUGUGAUAGAAUAUUGAAUUGCCCAGACUUGAGUUGUGCCAUGGAAUAUUUAAGAGUGCCCUCAGUGGAUUGUGUUUUUUUCUGAGUUCUUCCAUAAAACAGAGAAGUGCAACAUGGUGCCGCUUUUAUAACCUUCGGACCAUGUCCAGAUUCGUCGUUUGACGAGGUCUUUUUUGGGAGUCCUGUGACAUCAGACGUGGCGUGUAGCAACUCCCCUCUGCCUUGUCCGCUGCUUCGGCAUCUUUGAUGUGGGACUUGGGCAUGUGCAGCAUGCUCGGGGCCUUGCCAGACGAGACAUUCUGAAAUGUGAAUAUGUGCCAAUCCUGGGAGCCUCCUGUGGAACAUCGACUACCAACAGCGCUUCGCCCAUUACAAUGCAAUGACCCAUAUGCAAAGAAAAGGAGAAAGGCUCUCGCCUGUAGUGUACACCACAUGUGACUGUCAUCUCGGGUUUAAUUUUGCUCUCGGUCUCAUUGUGGGACAUUCUGACUCGUCUUUUUCUUCAAAGUUUGCUCAACUGCAUGCAGUCGGUCCUUCUGUUUGUUUUACUGCAUGUGUUCUGCACAUCACUGAGGAUGAUCCUGUUUCUUGUUUAUAAUUCUCAUUCUGAACACCAGGCCGAUUUCUAAUACAACCCAGCAAGCAUUCACUUUACCGGGGACUCUAGACUGUUCUUAUGGUUAUAGACACGGCUCCUUCAUACAGACAGCAUCAUUAAAAAGACCAGAAACUUGUGGUUUGAGAACUUGUUUACCAUGUGUAUGAUAAACCAAGCUGUGUGUAAUUUAUUGAGAUAAUACAUUGAUAUGUGUAUAUGUAGCUGUACCAAGCCAUUCCACAUUUUGAUAUAGACUUCAAAGAUUCGUCCCAUGUUAUUUGAGCUUUCACCAUUCUUCCGAUGUACUUCAGUGGUAGGAAUUACCAUGGAUCUUGUAGUUCAUGAAAUGUAUAGGUAGCGUGCAAACCGCUGUACCAAAUGUUUGCAAUCGCUCAAAACGUGUCUCAUUGUGAAAUAUGAUAUAUAUAUAUUUGAAUGUGUCAUGUUUUGCAGAUUCUAACUUUCAAAUAUCUAUUGAAUUCCAUUGCACUGCAUCUGCCCUUGUAGCAUAACAGAAUGACCAUAAGUUGUAUUUAAUUCGUGAUGUUGACUUGCUACUAAUGCAUUAACAUUUUAUUGUAAUAAUUAUUAUUAUUUUAUAAAGCUGUUUCUUUUUUUUUCUAAAAGACUCACCGUUUAAGGCCAAAAUGGCAAUUUAUAUAAUACUGUGCAAGGUCUGAGUCAUGCCCCUGAUGGUUUUACCUUUGCCUAUUGAAAGAAGAAAAAUGAGGGUUUUAAAUGUAUUUUGUCAAUCCUGCAGUGUGAUUAUGUGCCCGGGUAGCUUGAAGGAUAAUGGAGCUUAGGGAGCGAUGUGGUGGUUUAGUGAGAUAUUGAGCAUGCUGGUGAUGUAAGACAGGUAUACAGAGACCCCACCUUCCUCCAUAUUUUUAAGGGAAGCUGAGCUGAUGGAUGUCAGAUAAACAAUCGGAUGCAGGAGUCAAAAAUGAGGAUAAAGUCUAAUUUCACUGUUACUUUACUACAUUUUUGAAGCUUCUGCUGAAAAAUCGAGAGAAAAGGAAAUACACUCAACAUACAGUACCUAGCUAUAGCUAAUGAGAUUAAGACAUAAUCAGAUGAGCUCAGGGAACGCAGUAUAGUAGCAAACGUGUGAUUAAGUCAGUAUCAGGGACAGUGAAAUGGUGGUUAAGGUCUGUGAAUGACUGUGACAAGAGCUUGUGAUUGUAUAAGGGAGUUUUCAGGUUAAAGAUAACUAGAUCGUGCGCUUUGAGCCAAUCAGUGGUAGGUUUUUGUGCAAUAGUUUGGUCGGUUGAGUGAGUCAACCCGACCCUGAGUGUCAGGUACAGGCGGUUCAGUCUGGUGAAUCAGAUAAGGCCCUUUUGUUCGUCCCCUGCACUGUCGUACUCCUUUACGCUUUUAUUUUGACCGUUUCGUGUCUCAUCUCUGUAUCAUACUGUGGCCUUGCAUCGCUUCAUUAGACAAACAAUCCUUGUGGUAUCUUCUACAUUCUGUAGGAACAGUAGUUGUAAAUGUUUGUACAUUGUACAGCACCUUUAUAAAUACUUGCUGAGUGCUCUUUCUGGGGGAAAAAAUAGAGGUAUAUUAAAUCGCUCCAUUAUUUUUUUAUGUAAAAAAAAGAGAAAAUAUUUAAAAAUGGAUUGAAAAGGAUAGACUAUGACCUUGACAUGGUGUUCCGUUCAUGCACUGAAAAAUAAAGUUUUACUGA